CAGGCAGAUGUGCACUACCAAGAUGUCCUCCCUCGUGGACGCCUCGCCUGUCACCGCUGCGGAGCAAGAGGCACUGGUUAAACCAAAGCCGUUAUUGCUGAGGCUCCUGAGGUUAGCUGGCGCAGAAAAGGACACUUUUACCAUGAAGGAGGUAAUAUUCUAUCUUGGCCAAUAUAUUAUGUCUAAACAAUUAUAUGAUGAAAAACAGCAGCAUAUUGUGCACUGUGCAAAUGAUCUCCUUGGGGAUUUAUUUGGAGUACCAAGCUUUUCAGUAAAGGAACACAGGAGAGUAUAUUCAAUGAUUUCCAGAAAUUUGGUAGCAAUCAAUCAACAAGACUCAACACUUGCUGCCACACCUGAGGAUGACGCCAGAUUACAACUUGAAACAGAGAAUGUUUUAAAGGAAUCCAUGCAAGACUUAGAAGAGAGGCAAGCUUCACCAAACUUGGCUUCCCGUCCAACUACAUCCUCUAGGAGGAGAACGCACAGUGAAUCUGAAGAAAAUUCUUUAGAUGAUCCUCCUAGUGACAGAAGAAAACGACACAAGUCAGACAGCAUUUCCUUGACCUUUGAUGAAAGCCUGUCCUGGUGUGUAGUGAGUGGGCUGUGCCGUGACAGAAGCAAUAGCAGCGAUUCAACAGAUUCUCCUUCCAUAGCUGAUCUUGAUGCCUGCUCACUAAGUGAAAACUCUGAUUGGUUUGAUCAUAGCUCUGUUUCAGACCAGUUCAGUGUAGAGUUUGAAGUUGAGUCUAUUUAUUCAGAAGAUUAUAGCCAUAAUGAAGAAGUACAGGAGCUCACAGAUGAAGAUGAUGAGGUAUAUCAGUUGACUAUUUAUCAAGAUGAAGAAAGUGAUGCUGAUUCAUUUGACGAAGAUCCAGAGAUUUCCCUAGCUGAUUACUGGAAGUGCCCCCAGUGCAGUGAGAUGAACCCUCCACUCCCGCGCCACUGCCACAGGUGCUGGGCCCUUCGUGAGGACUGGCUGCCCGAGGAAAAGAGUGAUAAAUCGGAGAAAGGUAAAUUGGAGGGUUCUUUGCCCUUGGAGUCUGAAGAAGGUUUUGAUGUUCCUGACUGCAAGAAAGUGAAAAUGACUGAAGAUAAAGAGGCGGCUUUGGAGGAAAGCGAUGAUAAAGCGGUGCAAACCUGUGAGUCCCAGGAGAGCGAGGACUAUUCGCAGCCAUCCACGUCUAGCAGCAUGUUUUGUAGCAGUCAGGAGGACUUCAAGGAACCUGAGAAGAGAGAUGGUCAGGACAAGGAGGACAGCACGGAGUCCACCCUGCCUGUCACCAGCAUCGAGCCCUGUGUCAUAUGCCAGAGCAGGCCCAAGAACGGCUGCAUAGUACAUGGCAGAACAGGGCACCUGAUGUCGUGUUUCACGUGCGCGAGGAAACUGAAGAAGAGGAACAAACCGUGCCCCGUGUGCAGGCAGCCCAUACAGAUGAUCGUGCUCACUUACUUCAGUUAG